GACAUUGGAAUAUUCUAUAUGACAUGAAUGCUCAGCCAUUGUCCUCUCUUGCCUCCUCUCUCUUCCCAUGCAUCAACUGCCUCACCAGUAGCAGCAGUAGCAGAGGAGUUCGUCCAGUCUCUUUCUCGGCUUACAGAUGUCUUUAAACACCCUGCUAGCAAAUGUCUCCUCCUUUCACCCCCGGACACCUCUGCAACGCUUCCACAGAAAACAAACAAAGAAUACGGGGUUUUCCGGUUCCCGACAUAGACCGUUUUCGAGCGAGAGUCCAAGAUCUCCUUUGCCCUACCUCUACACUCGCAGAAUACUCAAGGUUCAAAGCUUUCAACCACAAGAUGCUGGAGACUCUGAGCCUUUGACAACAGGAGAUACUCCAAAUGGACAAGACAGAGGUAUUGAGGAAGUACUUAGAGAUUUGAAAGUUGAAACGAGAAAACCAGGGAAUUCCUUCUUGGCAAAACUAGCAAUUGCUCUAGGCAUAGCUGCAACUAUGACAGUUAUAUCUGUUGGAUUUAAGAGGCCUACCCUUGGUUCAUCCCUUGGGUUUUCGUCUCUGGGUGAUGGUUCAUCAGCUUUGCUUCCAACUGCUGCUCCUGUUGGUUUUACAUUGAAUAUUUUCAAAUGGAAAGUUGUACUACCAGAAUAUGCGCCAGGAUGGAUCUAUUUUUGGUUGCUUAUGGCUGCUGGUUUUGGGCUUUUCAUCAGUGAAGAAGCUCUAAAUGUUUGGGUUGGCAUAUCUUUAGCUCGGAUGCUGUCUUUGGAUGGCACUUGGAAGUCAUUUGCUGAAUCUUUUUCAAGAAACGCCCCAUAUAUAAUAUCCACAGUGCUGUGGGUUUACUGGGGUGUCUGUAUUAGCGAUAUGGUACCAUUUUACUUUGGAAAGCUUUUCAGACAGGCUGGUGCAUCUGAUGAUGUUUGUUCUAAGUUAGGGAUUGGAAAACAGAAGGCAUUAAGCAUCACUCGUCUUGUGCAGAGAUAUGGUAAUCUCAUAGGUUUUGUGGAACGAUUUUCCCUUGGAGUGAGAAAUCCAACAGCUUUUCUGGCAGGGGCACUGGGAAUAUCUCCAGACUGUUUUUUUGCCGGUGUAUGUUGUGGUGGCUUGGUUACUCUUCCCAUCCAGUUGAGUAUUGGAUUCUUGUUGAGAGAGCGGCCCAUGGUAGCCCUUGCUGGUGUUGCAACUGCAGUGGGUAUCUGGACAGUGUUUCCAUAUGCUAUGGCAGCUUUAACUGCUAUGUUCCUUUUCCUGCGUCGACGUUAUGCCAACUAGUCCACUUCAAUAUUUGUUUAUCAGAUCAGAUUCCAUGAAAUUAUAAAAUAUGGGAAAACUGAACAUAGGCCUUGCAGGGCUGGGUGUAACUUCUCCCAGAGGACCAGAUAUAGAUUUGUUCCUUUUAUCUUUCUUAGAUAGUUAAGUUAUACUAAACCAUUGAAGAAACAUCACCUCCUUUUUCAUCAGAGGGACAGUUACCACUAAAUCCAGAUGUACAAAAUUCAUAUACAGCUAAUACAACUCUAUUAUCAUCUAGCUUCAUUGGGCUUGUUC